AUGGUUGUUCUCUACCCACUGCGGUUCCUGAUGCUGGUGCGCAAGAUCCAGCGUACACUGACGGCGGAGCUUGAGAAACGCUUUCCCGGCAGCGUUGUGGCGCUUGUGGCGCAGCGCAAGAUCACGAAGCGCCCGAACGACGUUUACAAGCUGCAGAAGGUGCAACGCUCCCGCACGAGCGUGGCAGUGUUUGAGAACAUCUUGAACGACCUGAUCUACCCGUGCGACGUCGUGGGCCGCCGCUGGCGCUGCCGCACGGACGGCAGCAAGGUGAUGAAGGUGUUUCUCGACUCACGUGACCGCAAGCGUGUGGAGUCACGCCUGCCACUCAUCGCGCACAUCUACAAGCAGCUGACACACCGCGCCGUGAGCUUUGGCUUCAUGUGGAACUCGAAGCUUCAGCAGGUUUCCUCGCGGUAG